AUGACAUCACAAGACUUUGCAUUGGACGAGAACAUACAUGGGGUACGGUUUAAUUGGAACGUGUUCCCCUCUACAAGACUAGAGGAGUCAGCCCAAGUAACUCCGGUGGGAUGUUUAUAUUCACUCUUACAUAAGAGACCUCAAGAGUUGAAGUCCAUACCUGUUUCAAAUACUGGUAGAUUGCCUCCACGGUGCAAGUCCUGUAAGAGCUACAUCAAUCCGUUUUGCAGAAUAGACAGACUAAAUGGGAUGUGGGUAUGUUGUAUAUGUGAUAAGAAGUCUUAUUUCCCUCCUGACACUAAAUUGCCGACAUCUGAGCUGCCAGAAGUUGAUGAAUGGCCAAUUGAGUUACAGCAAGUGUCAUCUACCAUCGACCAUGUUUUACCUGUUGAUAUCACCAAUCCCAUAGAUGGCGAUACCCCGUAUUCCUAUAUGUUCUUGCUUGAUUUGUAUGUAGUUGAAGGUCACCAAUCUGAGUUUGAUAGUUACAUUCUGAAGGUUACUAAGGCCAUUUCAGAGCUUCCUGAAGGCUCUCUAAUGGGAAUAGUGGGAUAUCAUGAUUCAGUUAUCUUUGCUAAUGGGGCAAGAUUGUCACCUACUGAUAUUGCUGAUGAUAUCAUCGAUUUGGAAUCAGACCAAACAAAGAAGAAAACCGAGAAGAACAACAAGACGAAGAAAAAUAAAAACCUUCUUUCGUCUCUUUUCUCAGAAUCGGUUUACGAGGCGUUUCUUGAUAAGGUUGGAGUCGCUUCAGGGUUUUCUAACUCUUGGGACCAACUGCCUCUUGUGAGUUCCAAGAUCUUCACUCAGAAUAAAGAAGUUGCUUUGCAGACAAUCAAACAUCUUGUACCCAAAAUAGCUCCGGACUACAAACCACCAAGGGUCACUGGGUUUGCUGUGUAUUUGGCUUCGUUGCUUUUGUCUCAAUGUUCGUUUGCAAAUUUCAUUGGCAAAUUGGUACUAUUUAGUGGUGGACCUUGUACUUCUGGUCCAGGGAUGGUUGCUGAUACUAAAAGUCCUAUGCGUUCUCAUUCUGAUAUUGUCAAUAUGAAAGCUCCUUAUUAUACGACUUCUGAAAGGUUCUAUCGAACCUUAUCUUACAUUGCCAAUGGUCAUACCACGGAACGAGCUUUGAACGCCGUGAACACCAUCUCCGGAAGACUAUCUGACUCUUAUCCACCUGCCAAACAGCCUAGAUGGUCUGUAGAUAUGUUCAUUACUUCGCUUGACCAAGUUGGUGUCUAUGAAAUGAAAUCACUCUCGGCCAUGACCUGUGGUGGCAUCUUCUUGAACGACGAUUAUAACCGAGCUGCGUUUGGUGAAGGUUUAACAGCGUCCUUGGGUCAAGUUAACCAAACCAAUGGUGUAUUGACCGUGAGCACAUCUCAAGGCUUGAAGGUGAAUAAAAUGCUAGGGAAUGGGUGCCCUUUACCACCUGCUGUCGAUGGGAGCGAUAUUGUUAGUAAAAUUGGUGAUCAAGUCACCUCGUUUGAUCCACAAGCGAAGAAACUGAACUUUACAAAUCAAUGGCAGUUUAAUUCGUUGCAAAGUGAUAACGGUUGUGUGGCCGUAUAUUUCCAAAUGGAUACAGCCAAUUCAAUCAACUCUUUGAAUGCUGCCGGUAGCACGCAUGUAUUUAUACAAUUCCAAUUGAAAUACCGUGAUUGGGAAUCCAAUACCCAGAGAGUUCGAGUGACUACUUUAAAGAAACCAACCACUUUGGCAAGUUUAGUUGCGAAUCAAGUUAAAAUGACUGAUGGUACCUACAGAUUAGUCAAUUCAAAGAGUAAAGUUAUCAAAGAAAGAGACCUAUUAUUAAGUUUUGAUCAAAAGGUAUGGGUUGUGCUAUUUUCUCGUAUGUUGAUUAAUAAAAUUGAUACAGACAUUGGAUACGAUCGUUUUGAAGACUUGUUGGAAUUGAUAGAUGAAACCAUUAUCAAAAUUUUAUAUCAUUAUGGAGGGGUUCGUUUGACUCAAGAUUCAAAUGGAGGUAACUCUAGUGGUGAUAAUAAUCCAUAUUUGAUGUUGAAACUGAUAUAUGAAGUUAAUGAAAACUUUAAGCAAUUACCUUCGUUGAUGUACCAUCUUCGGAAGAGUCAACAAUUGGUAAGAAUUUUCAAUUCCAGUCCUGAUGAAACGGCAAAUUAUCAUCAUUGGUUUAAUAGACUCAACUUGAGUGAUAGUUUAUUGCUCUUGCAACCAAAAUUGUAUAAGUUGACUUCUGACGGGCAUUCAAAGGUUAUUCCGUUGGAUAGCACGUGUAUCCGUUCUCCAACUGGAACAUUUCUUAUAAUGGAUUGUUUAUUCCAGAUAAUCAUUUACUAUGUUGCUGAUGGUAACAAUUUCUUAGAGUUGCACCAUUCCAAUAACGAUCAAUUAGUUUCAAACAAGGAUCCUACCAUUUCCAGGGCAUUAGAGUUUAUUGAGGAGAACAUUAGAGGCCAUAAUAAUAGACAGAGGCCUCCAGCCCAAAUUGUGGUUACUCAAACUAACCAUUCACAAGCCAGAUAUUUCAUGUCUCGCUUGAAUAAGGCUGAAUCUAUGGAAGAUAGUAUGGCUAGAUUGGCACUUGAUGAUUCAAACUACAAAAAGAAGAAAAGUAGCAAAAACAGACUGAAGUUUUUGGGUUGGUUUGACACUAACUCUGUUGAUAACAGUUAUGAUGUUCUUAAGACCGAUGAUCUUAGUCUUGAUGAAUAUUUCCGAGAAAUACUUGAUUUAGUGACAACCUAUAGAGUUACUGAUAGCUAG